AUGAAAGAUUAUUUAAUAUACUUUGCUCAAGCAUAUCCAAACUUCAGAAGAGCAGAACUCGAAUCUUUAGCAGAUUUACAUAAAAUACAUUUAGAUUUAUCCAAUCAUGAUGAAAAGAAUCCAUUUAUGAUUGUCCAAUUAGAAAAUGAUGAUCAAGCAAAGAAAAUAUUAGAAAGAUCGAUUCUUGCAAGAGGCAUAUAUGAAUUAUGGGGUCAUGGUACUACAUAUGAAGAAUUACAUAAUGAUGUCAAAGAAAAAUCUCCGGAUAAAUUUGAAAUAUAUAAACAUAAAACUUUCAAGUUUAAUUUUGAAGGGUUUAUGGGAAGUAGAAGUAGAAACGAAAGAGUUCAAAUCAUCGAAUCAUUCGGAUAUUUGGCAUUUAAAGGUUCUAUUGAUUUAAAAAAUCCUCAAGAAAUUUAUACAGUAUUAGAAGAAUACAAAGUUUCAGGAAUGGAAAAAGCAGAUACUCCUCUUAAUAUUUGGUUUGGUAGACAAAUCCAAUUAAGUGCUAGAAUGAAUAAUAUUUUAGACAAAUAUGAAUUGAAAAGAAGAAAAUAUAUUGGGACAACAUCAUUUGAUGCAGAAUUAUCUUUGGUCACUUGUAAUGUAGCCCAAGUAGGUCCAGGAAAAAUUGCAUAUGAUCCAUUCACAGGUACCGGAUCUUUCUUAGUCACAGCAGCAAAUUUCGGAGCAUUACCAAUCGGAUCAGACAUUGAUGUAAGAAUGUUAAAAGGGAAAGGUCCACAAUGUAACAUAAAAAGGAACUUUAAACAAUAUGGUACCCUUGGUCAAUAUAUUGAUGUUCUUACUAUGGAUUUUACCAAUCAUGCGUUCCGUCCCGAUUUUGUGAUAGAUACUAUAGUUUGUGAUCCACCUUAUGGAGUUAGAGAGGGCCUUAGAGUAUGUGGAGCCAAGAAUCCCGAAAAAGCAGCUGGUAGAGAGCAUCAUGAAAUUGAUGGGGAAAAGGCUCAUUUAAGACGUGAUUUCAUUCCACCUAAAAAACCAUAUGAAUUGGCUAAUUUAUUACAUGAUUUAUUACAAUUUGCAGCAGAUAGAUUACCCGUGGAUGGAAGAUUGGCAUUCUGGAUGCCAACUGCAAAUGAUGAUUUCCAACCUAAUAUAAUACCACAACAUAAGAAUUUGGAAUUGUUGUAUAAUUUAGAACAAGAAUUUAAUAAAUGGUCAAGAAGAUUAUUAGUUUAUGUUAAAAGGGAUGAAUCAUACAAUGGUGAAACUAUUAAUGGUUUAAAAGAACAAAAUAUUAAAAACUUUAGAGAAAGAUAUUUUAGAGGAUUUAAUGAACAAAGUAGAACUUGA